AUGGCUUUUGCUGCGAGGCUGGGUGCUCUCACCGGAGAGUUAGUGGAGGCCAUUACUCUGCGAUCUGCCGAGACAAACCUUGAACGAUUCAAAGCCCAACGUGAAGCAUCGCUGCGAACCUUGCGACCGAACCAAUAUCUUCGGACGAACCAAUUCGAAGUCGAACACCAACUCGAUGGCCUAGAAGAGCGAUUCCGCGUCAAUGGCCGUGAGGCUCUUGCCGACGCCCUCCAUGAGAGACGAGAAACCCUCCUGGAAACACCCUCAAACUUUCAUCCCGAAAUCCUAUUCUUGCUAUUAGAACUCUCGGACCAGCCGACGUACUAUUCAAAGCUGAGCGACUUGGACUUGCUCAAGACGGGAGAGGACGACGCGGGGCUUCAGCUGCGCUGGGAAGACAUCGCCAAGGAAGAUGGUUGGGGGAAGGAUGCUGCCAUAUGGAAGUCCAUAAAGUACAGCGACAGCUCGGAUGAUGAGAUAUACGAGGACGACUCUAAGAGUGAGUCCGAGGUCAGCACCGAUCCCUCGGAGGUGCAAAUUCUCGGCCGGACAGCAGAAGACUUCAUCAUCCACUCCGAGGACAUUGUCCAACUCAACCAGAUACGAGAAGCCCAGGAAUGGCGACACGAGAAACCGACAGACUCGCACGGUCACGCACGAAAAGUCCCCGUAACAGAAUUUCACAUUGCCCGGGAGGUCUUGUUUAUGCUUCAAGGCUUAGACACGACGCUAUUUGGAGAAAACGGCGCCGCGAACCCUGCGUUCCAGAUGGCGCAUCUCGUCUGGGACACUCACCGGGCUCUGAUCAGCUACUUUUCCGAGGCGGGAAGACAGCUUGCUGUUUUGCGCAGCUUCAUUGAGCGGCCGCAGCGUGCAUCACAUCUGCAGGUUUUCCAGGAUACAGUAGCCAUGAGGCUCCGUGACCUCGACAGAAGGUUGACGAGUAUAGAAGCGAAACUUGUUGCUCCCAAGGAAGACGUCAUUGUCAGCCUUAUGGCGAUCAAGAGGGAUCUGGUGUCUGACCUCGAGCCGCUGUAUUCGCUUUCAAGUAUUAUCGCUCAGAUUCAGGAUGUGCCGAAUCUGGGCACGUUUCGCUACCUGGAGCUACUUUUUGAUGAAGCCAGCAUGGCACAACUUUCUGGGAAGCUCGAUAUUUACGAGUUUCUGGCACGUAUCUUUGUCGAGUGCUUCAAUGUCUACCUCCGCCCGAUUCGCCUCUGGAUGGAGGAGGGCAAGCUCAUUCCCGGAGACAAGAUCUUUUUCGUGUCAGAGGCGCCGAGUCAAGUUUCUCCGAGCAAGAUCUGGCGAGAACAAUUCAGACUCCGUCGAUCAGCGGACAGGAAGCUACAUGCGCCCAAGUUCCUCCAGCCUGCGGCUGCCAAAAUCUUCAACGCUGGCAAGAAUAUCGUCAUUCUCAAGCGGCUGGGCCGCUGGGUAUCGACGAGUUCGGAGUGGACUGUACAGGAACCUCCGUUGGACUAUGAGACUUUAUGUCCCAAAGGUCUUGACCUGGCACCGUUUUCGGAAUUAUUCGAUGCGGCAUUUGAUGGAUGGAUACAGACCAAGUACAACACAACCUCUACAACACUUCGAAAUGCUCUGUUUGAGGAGUGUGGACUUUGGUCUGCCCUCGAUGCCAUGGAGCACCUCUAUUUCAUGUCAGACGGCUCUGCGACUGAGCAUUGGACGAGUCACCUCUUUGACAAAUUGGACACUUUAAAUACUGGCUGGCACAAUCGCUACAGCCUCACAAGUGUGGCACAGGAAGCGUUUACGUCUCUUGUCGACAUGACAAGAGUAUCUGUGAAUGUGACCCCUGGAGGGUUGCGCAUCCCCGUCUUAUCAGCCCGAGACUCGGUCAAAGCCGCGUUGCCGACCAUCAGGGUCAAUUAUCGACUGGCCUGGCCGAUCCGCAUGAUCUUGGCAGAAGACAGCAAUUCGCACUAUGAUGCCAUAUUUGCGCUGCUUCUACAGCUGAAGAGGGCUCUAUAUGUGUUGCAUAAACGAAAGCUGCUCGAGUGUUACUGGACAGAUGGUGAGAACUGGGAUGAAGAGGCGUUCUAUUAUUCGUUGCGCAACAACCUCGUCUGGUUCUGCACAACUCUCCAGACAUAUCUGGCGACACUGGUCUUGGCGCCCAACUGCGCAAAGAUGAGACAAGAGAUACGAGGUGCUCAUGAUGUGGACGCCAUGAUUGCCGUGCAUGCUUCUUUCAUGAAGCAAGUUGUUGACGAAGCAUGUCUUGGGAGCAGGCUGACCCCUAUUCGAGAAUGCUUCCUCGACAUACUUGACCUCGCCAUCAAGUUGGAACAAGCGCAGACAGCCAACGCAGCCAAAGAAGCACAGAGAAUGCAACAUGUCUCACGGCUUUCAGCCAGAGACCUCUCCCCCACACCAGGAACUCCAGGUUUAAAGUCCAGAUACGUCGACAGCAGCGACUCUGACCUAGACGAGCCCAGGGGGCGACCUCGGCGGGGGAAGCCAUUCAUGGCGGCCCUUAAGGAGAUCAAGGCCGACUUUGAUAGGCACUUGAGAUUCGUGUGCGGUGGAUUGAGGAGCGUGGCGAGGGCGACGAGCGAUGUGCAGUCGGCAAAGUGGGAUAUUCUGGCCGAGAUGCUGCAGACGGGAUGUCGGGAGGAGAAGAUGGGAUUUUCGUGA